CCAAUGAGGACUCCAAGAGCAACGCCCCAAAAAGGUAUUGUUUCUUUGUCAAGUUCGUUAAACGAAAAAAAUAAAUUAAAACUUAUAAUUGGUUCUAUUUAAGUUAUAUCAAAUCUAUAAAAGUAAUUUUUCUAUCAUCACUAAAAAUCAUAUGGAAAGUAAAAAAGAAAAAGAAUAAUAUUUAAAAAUAAAGCAGGGCCAAGAUCCCUAAUUGAAAUACACCCCAGUUAUCGUUUUUUGCUGCAGAUUAGUUUUUGUCCGGCAAUUGUGCUGAAAGAUUCGAGCUUGAUGGUGGCGAAGCAAGUCAGUAUUGAUCGGAAAUUUCAACCCCAGACGUGUGUGGGUGAUGAUCGGAUAAGUGAGUUGCCGGAUGAUGUUCUUGUUGUUAUAUUGUCUUUGUUAUCGUUAAAGGAAGCUGCACGUACGAGUAUUCUUUGUUCGCGGUGGAUUAACUUGUGGAAACACACCAAUUCUCUCGACUUCGAUGCAGAGGAAGCAAUGUGCAAGCUUGCAAGGGCAAGUGAAAGGAAGUUAGAGGAGGAGGAGGGCCUCAAGUUCAUAGAAUGGGUGAACUACGUCCUGCAAUCGCAUAAAGCUAUCACCUUGAAAGAAUUCAAAAUAUGUUUUGAUUUAAGCGAACCAUCUCAGAUAGCAGUAACUACGUGGCUCGAAUAUGCGCUUGCCAGACGAGUUCAGAGGUUGGAGUUUGACCUUUCUGCUGCAAAUUCCUUCCGUUAUUACCGUGCCGACUUAAAUUGUGUUUUCCCUCAAGAGUUACUGAUGGAAACCAAUGGCGUGGGAUCUACGUCGCAACCCCCGUCGGACACUUGUUUCUUCAACCAUCACCCUCGCACACGUUUCGAUUUUAAGCACCUCAAAGCGUUGUCUUUGAAAUUUGUUACUGUGACUCGUGAAGCUAUUGAGUUCUUUUUAAAUAAUUGCCCAUUGCUUGAAAAAUUGGUCGUCCACAAAAUAACAAAAAUAACAAAUCUUGAAAUUUGUGGUUCAUCCCUCGUGUUGAAGCACUUGGAGCUAUGGUACUGCUUUGAUUUGGAUUCCGUUAAGGUUUCUGCACCAAAUCUUACUUCACUCUCAGUUAAGGUAUUUAACGAACUCAUACUUGAGAAUGUUCCGAUGCUUGAUGAGUUGACUGUUGCUUGCGGUUACAGUGAUUUUUCUGUCGAAAAAUUACUACUCUUUUCCUGCAUUUCACAACUAGAGAGUCUUCAUCUGUUUCUGAACAACUUGGAGGGAAGUACGGUGCUGUGCAAUGUUCCCGAAAUGCCUAGGUUGAAGAAGCUAGUGAUUGAUUAUUGGACACACGGUGAAGAAAGUCUCUUAGCACUGACUUCUUUGAUCAGGGCAUCUCCGUAUCUGCAGGAAUUUGUUUUAAAGUUAGGCUGGUUAGAAAUCUCGAGGUCAGAUAGAGAAGUCGAGAGUAAUGUAAGGUUUCCCCACGAGCACCUUAAAGUGGUCAACUUUUGUGGCUAUUAUGGUCGGAGCAGCGAUGUUGAAUUUGUCAGGUACUUUAUAGAUAACUGCGUGGUGCUUGAGAGAUUGAUUAUUGAUCCACACACCGUAGCAUAUACUCCCCGUGUACCAAUUAGCCCUGAUAUAGUAGCUGAGGAAAUAGUUGCGAUGGAUUGCGCCAAGCGACAGCUUGAAUCACAAGUGCCUGCGCACAUUGAAUGGGUUAUUCUUUAAUUAAUUAAUUGUUUGUGCCUGCUGCUGUAUUUAUGAGUUUAAACUACGACUAGGGAAGGUUGUUAUUUAUUUCUUUCGCAAGGUUUAAAUUUUGUAAUGAUCAUAGUGAAUAAUUUCGUUUUUACCAACCAUCUUUAGGAGAGUUGGUACUAGGGGUGAGAACAGUUUCGGUUCGGUUCCGAUCGGUUUCGGUUCAGUUCCAAUCGGUUUCGGUUCCGUCUCGUUUCAUAAAAUUAUCGGUUCAAUUUCAAUAA